CCCUGUCUGUCUGCGAACCGCUUGGCUGGGUGUGACGCUAGCCGGCUCUGCUGUAUUGCACAGCAGCAGUAGUAGCAGCGGCUCAGUGCUUGGCACUGGGCAGGAGAGAGGGAAAGAGAGGGAGACAGAGGGGGUGAGAGAGAGAGAGAGAGAGAAAGAAAGGAAGAAAGAAACUUUUUAUGUAUUUCUCACUCUGCCACUCUGUUCCUCUGUUGCCGUGUAUCGAGGGAGAGAGGGAGAGAAAGGAGGAAGAGAGGGAGGGGGAGAGGAGGGAUGCAGGCACACACCUUACUCUCCUCAAAAGACACAUCUUCACAGCGGCACCACAACGGCCGGCCACCACUCACACUGAGCCAGCUGCACACAAGUCUGCAACAGCCCAGUGGACUGCAGUCAGAAUGAGGAUUGUGUUAGGAGAGCAGUGGAUAGAAAGCAGCCUGGUUUUGAUGGGUAUUGUGACACUUUCUCUUUCCCUGGGAAACCUCUCAAGCCGAGGACAGGAGGAGGGUGUCGCUUCUAACAGUUUGGAGGAUGAACAGGAAGUAACCACAUACUGGUGGGGAGAGUGGGCUAAAUGGACUGCAUGCACGCGUACCUGUGGAGGUGGAGUGAUGUCACAAGAGAGACACUGUCUAAAGCAAAGAAAGAGAACAACAGCUGGCAAGAACAAUAUGACCUGUACAGGCAGUGCCAAAAAAUACCGCCUCUGCAAUACCAAGGAUUGCCCCUCGACUGGAAGCAGCUUCAGAGAGGAGCAGUGCUGGUCUUUCAAUUCACAGGUUUACAAUGGCAAAAGCUAUGAUUGGAAACCCCUUUACCCUGACGACUAUGUGCAUAUCUCCAGCAACCCCUGUGACCUGCACUGCACGACCACGGAUGGCCAGCGGCAGCUCAUGGUGCCGGCUCGGGACGGCACGUCCUGCAAGUACAGCAGCUACAGGGGAGUGUGUGUAAAUGGCAGGUGUGAGCCAAUCGGGUGCGAUGGAGUGCUCUUCUCCUCCAAAAUACUGGACAAGUGUGGUGUCUGUCAAGGGGACGGCAGCAGCUGCAGCAGAGUCACCGGCAACUUCCGACGUGGGGCUUCCACUCUGGGAUAUUCUUUCAUCACUCAAAUCCCAGAGGGCUCAUGGGAUAUCCAGAUAAUUGAGAGGAAAAAGUCAGCUGAUAUUUUAGCUGUGACAGACCAGGCUGGGAAUUUCUUCUUCAACGGCGCAUACAAAGUGGACGCCCCUCAGAACUUCCACGCUGCAGGAACCAUCUUCAAGUACCGGCGGCCCACUGAUGUGUACGAAACAGGGAUCGAAUACAUCGUGGCCAAAGGGCCCAUCGACCAGCCCAUCAAUGUUCUGGUAUGGAACCAGAACGGUCGGAACCCCUACAUCACCUACGAGUACACAGUUCUUCGGGACGCUCUCCCUCCGGUCUCCCAGCCCCCGCUGUACACUGGGCCGGACGCCGGAGGGAAUGGAGACAUCUCGGUGGAAGUGGGCCGUGUGCUGACGCAGAACGAGACGGUGUACGACAGUGUGGGUCAAGAGGGCGAGACUGGCCGCCUGCUGAGGCCCGGUACGGGCCCGGAGACUGUGGCCGGCGGAGCCGACGAGGGCCAGAAGAUCGGCCAGGUGUCCAACGAGGUGUACGCAGAAACGGCCGCAGGCGUGGACUGUGAGGAUGGAGGGGCUCCGGCGACGCCACAGCAGCCAGGGCUCUCAGAGGGAAAUAGCAGCCAACCCAGUAGCUUGGUCGCCCCACCGCUAGCCACUCCCAACAGACUCGGAGACAAGUUGUCCGACUCGGAGAACCUCAUCUGGCGAGUGCUGAUGGGCGAGUCAGUCGGUCAGGACAAGCUGAUGGUCAACAUCACGACCAAUCAGCUCCUGACGCAGGGCGAGGGCCAGUUCUCGGCCGAAAUGGGCCCGCUGGAGCUGGACUAUGGCAGCCUGGAGUCAAACGCCGGCUUCAGUCUGAACAGCUCCACUCUGCUGGAGUUCACGCUGGGGCGCAGAAGCAACGAGACGGGAGACUUACCCCUCCUGAACAGGACCAUAUUCCCUGGGCUGAGGAACGGAAACCGCACAAGUCGAACCAGAAAUCAUCAGAAAUUCCUGCAGAAGAAUUUCAAGCUGAGUCCAGCUGACAUGUACCGCUGGAAACUCUCCUCUCAAGAGCCCUGCAGCAUGACCUGCUCCAUCGGUGUGUCUAGGUCCUUCGCCAUGUGUGUUCGUUACGACGGUGUGGAGGUGGAGGACAGACACUGUGAUGCUCUGACCCGACCCGAGCCUGUCCACGACUUCUGCAUUGGCAGGGAGUGCCAGCCCAGGUGGGAGGCCAGCAGCUGGAGUGAGUGCUCGCGCACCUGCGGCGAGGGCUUCCAGUUCCGGCUGGUGCGUUGCUGGAAGAUGCUGUCGCCGGGCCUGGACAGCUCCGUCUACAAUGACCUCUGCACGCUUGCAGACCUGGAGCGCCCCCCGGAGCGCCGGCCCUGCAAGAGUCCGACGUGCGGCCCGCAGUGGGAGGUGGCCGAGUGGUCCGAGUGUCCCGCUAAGUGUGGAAGCAGGGCCCUGGUCUCACGUGACGUCAGGUGCUCAGACGAAACCAGGCCAUGUGACGAAUCCACCCGUCCACCACCGGCCAAGAACUGUACAGGGCCUCCGUGUGAGAGACAGUGGACGGUCUCUGAGUGGGGGCCGUGCUCUGGGUCAUGUGGGCAAGGGAAAAUGGUCCGUCAUGUGUACUGCAAGACCCCAGAGGGUCGAGUGGUUCCCGAGACCCAGUGCUCCUCAGAGAACAAGCCCCUGGCCAUUCACCCCUGCGGGGAUAAGGACUGCCCACCACACUGGCUGGCUCAAGAUUGGGAGAGGUGCAACACCACAUGUGGCCGUGGCACCAAGCAGAGGAUAGUCCAGUGUGCGGCCAUCACCGGGGGCAAGUUCCAGACCCAUGACGAUGAGUCUUGCGACCCUGGCGAUCGCCCUGAGCACGAGAGCACCUGCUUCGAGAGGCCCUGCUUCAAGUGGUAUACCACACCGUGGUCCGGGUGCACUAAGACCUGUGGGAUAGGAGUGCGCAUGCGGGAUGUGAAGUGCUACCAGGGACGGGAGCUGGUCAGAGGAUGUGACCCACUGACUAAGCCUGUUGCCAAGCAGACCUGUGCCCUUCAGCCCUGCCCAACAGAACCUCCAGAUGAGAACUGCAAUGACCGUCCCACCACAAACUGCUCGCUGGCACUGAAGGUGAACCUGUGCAGCCACUGGUACUAUAGCAAAGCCUGCUGCCACUCCUGCCGGACCCUCCGCUCCUCCUAGUCCCGUCUGCCCAGGCCUGGGAGGCCCAGCAUGGACAGCGGUGGUCCUGGCUCGCGUUGCUUCGGUUGGCGGCGAAACACUCAUUAUUGUCUGUUUUCAGAGAUAGGAGCCAUAGAUGAACUCUGACCCCACUGUUCCAGACCUCCAGGAGGUACACCCCCCCCCCCCCCCCCCCCAGUAUAACUUUCUGCCAUAGAAUGCAUUCUACAAAAAAUAUAGGACACCCAAAUAAAUGGUUCACAACAGGUGUUGAUCAGUAAAAUUGGUAACUGUCAUAUCGUUUUUAUCCUUCAUUUACCUGAAUGAAAGUCACGUGAACUCUUCUGUUCAUUAGCAAUAGGAAAUAUCCGGCUGUCAAGCUACAAGAAUAUCAUUUUUUUGUUUGUUUGUUUUGAGUGUGUUUUGCAUUUCCACUGCUAUUGAAGAUUCAGUACUGUAUUUAAGGAGAACCAGCAUUGAAGUGAUGCUGUGUGGUUACACAAGUGAAGGAUGGGCUACUUUCACUGAAUAAGUUAAAGAGCACUCUGAGAGAUAUUUAAACCAGUUCCCCAUUAAAAAGUAGCCUUUAAUUAUUUUUGGGAAAGUUAGGAGAAUCUAGUAUUUUGAAACAUGUAUAUUCAAAGCUACCAUUAGUCAAAUAUGUGCUUAUUUUCAUGGAAGGACUUAUUAAAUUAUUUAAAUGUAAUAUUGCAUGAUUUGAGUGUCAGUAAAUGCUAUCGUUGGUUAAAUGUACACUGUUUUCCCUUCCCAGUUCUACAUUGCCUCCUUACUUUGUUGUUGUAUUCCUCUUUGAUAUACUGUUAAUGUGCAUCGUACCGUGUUUAUUGUAUUUUUUCCAUGGUUAAACUGGACAUGAAGUUUUCUCUAACCACAGCACUUUCAAUACACAGCCGGUAGAAUACUAUUGCAGAACCUUCCAUGCCUUUGGAAGACUCCUGACACUUGAACAUGUACAUGCUGAAAAUGCACUCACUCACACACUCAUUGUACAGUUGUGAUAUUUGUAUUCAAAAUCACAUUCACUUUUAACACAUACCAUACAUUACCGAGGUGACAGAGGAGAAAUGACAGAGUGUGUGUAUCCUCUCAAAUAUGAUCACCAAUAUUAUACAUACAUACUAUACUUAAAUGUAUAUAUUUCAAUGCUUUUGCCUCAUUCAAAAGUUUAACAUCAUUGAUUUUUUGUAUUCACAAAUACUGUUGCAUUUUUAGCUUGGCAAAAAUUUGUUUCUGCUCUCUGAAAUAUCUCUGACAAAACAUUCGACAAUAAAGGGAUAUGAAAAAGAGUGA